UUUGAUUUGAAUGUUUGAAACAUCUUACAGUUAGAAAGUUAUUUCCGACUUCAUUGUGAUAGAUUCAUAACAAAUGCAGUGUAUUUUUUUAAAGAUAUUUAAAAAAUAAUUCUGUCUUUAUUUGUGGAAUCAAUUAUAAUUUUGUAAAUAUUAAUCUUUUUAAAUAUAAUUCAGUGAGUUCAAGCGAGAAUAAAAACGAGAACUGAAGGAAGCCCUAAGACUAUUUGAUAUAUUUCAAGAAUAAUUGAGAAAAUUAAUUCUAUUUAAAUCACAAUGAAAUCUGCACGUGGAAAAAUGUUAGGGUUAUCCCGUAAACCAAUUAAUCGUAUAAGAGGUACUAACAUGUUAUGUAAAGAUCCUGUACAAGUAUACUGUCGUUUAAAACCUAUGCAAUUUCCUAAUGAUAUAUCGUGUAUGAGAGUUGUAUCAGAUACAACGAUAGUAAUCACACCACCAGAAUCUGCAGUUAAUUUUCGUAAUACCAGUAAUAAAGAAAUACAAACUACAUUUACUCGUGUAUUUCCACCAGAUGCUACACAAAAGGAAAUAUUUGAUACAGUAGCUUUACCUUUGGUUGAAAAUCUUAUACAAGGAAGAAAUGGUUUGUUGUUUACAUAUGGGGUAACUGGCAGUGGUAAAACAUAUACUAUGACAGGAGAUUCUUCUCAAGAUGGGAUUAUGCCCCGUUGUUUCGAUGUUAUAUUUAAUAGUAUUAUGAAUUAUCAAACUAAGAAAUUUGUAUUUAAACCUGAUAAACUCAAUGGUUUUGAUGUACAAAGUGAAGCAGAUGCAAUGUUGGAUCGACAAAGUGAAAUACAUGCUGGUCUUAUGUCUCAGAAAAAUGGAAAAUCUGGGAAACUACGUAAAAUAGACAGUGACAGUGAUAGUAAUCCUGUUAUAAUUCGUGGAUGCAAUGAAGUCCAAACUCUUACUAUUGAUCAAGAUAAUGCAUAUGCUGUAUUUGUUACAUAUGUUGAGAUAUAUAACAAUAAUGUAUAUGAUUUAUUGGAUGAUGAUGAUGUUAGAGCUAAAACAUUACAAAGUAAAAUUGUCAGAGAAGAUGGUAAUAAAAACAUGUAUGUCCAUGCUGUCACAGAAGUGGAAGUAAAAAGUUCUGAGGAAGCAUUCGAAGUAUUUCAUCGUGGUCAGCGAAAAAGACGUGUUGCUCAUACCGCUCUUAAUGCAGAAUCAAGUAGAUCUCACAGUGCAUUUACUAUUCGUCUUGUACAGGCACCUUUAGAUUGCGAAGGCGAGCAAGUUAUACAAGACAAACGUGUGAUAUGUAUAAGUCAAUUAUCAUUAGUUGACUUAGCUGGAAGCGAGCGUACAAAUCGUACUAAGAAUACAGGGCAACGAUUGAGAGAAGCAGGAAAUAUAAAUAAUUCCUUGAUGACUCUUCGAUCAUGCAUGGAAAUUUUAAGAGAGAAUCAAAUACAAGGAACUAGCAAAAUGGUGCCAUACAGAGAUUCAAAACUUACACAUUUGUUUAAGAAUUACUUUGAUGGGGAAGGACAAGUCAGAAUGAUUGUUUGUGUUAAUCCAAGAGCAGAUGAUUAUGAUGAAACAAUCCAAGUGAUGAAAUUUGCUGAAGUAACUCAAGAAGUACAAGUAGCAAGGUCUACAGUUACAAAACUUGAUCUUGGUUAUACACCUGGAAGAAGACAAGCAAAUAAAAUAUUCAAAGAAGCAAGAAAUAGAUUGGAGAAAGAAGGUCGUGUAGAAGCUAAUGGUUUAGAAAUUGAUAUAGGUUUAGUAUACAGCUUGGGUGGACCAUUUCCUGAACUAGAAAUGAAUAAUCCACACAAUGAUCAAAUCAUAACAAAUUUAAUGCAUUUCUUAGAACAAAGAAUAAAUAAACGAAAUAUAUUACGGGCUGAUUUACAACAAAAACAAAAUGAAUUCAGAAAAAUGCUUUCAUCGACGGAACAAGAAAAUAUUAGUUUAAAAGUAGAAAAUGCUGCAUUGAAAGCUUCGAAUUCACAACAAAAGAAAAAGAUUUUAGCUUUGGAAGGUCAUCUUGGAAAAACAGAAGCGCAAAUUGAUAGUUUGAUUUGCAAAUUAAAUAAUGCAAACGAAACAAUAAAAAAUAUGCAACAAGAAUUAAAAGACAGAGAUAUGGCAUUAAAUCAACGUUUGAUAGAUAAACAAAGGGUCAAACAAAAAUAUAAUACCAAGAUACAGGUAGAAACUGAUAAAAUGAAUAAAGAAUUAGAAGUAAAACUUCGUCAACAACGUGAACAACUUCAGAAUCAAAUGAAAGCGCAAGAUGAUAAAUUAAGAUUGGUGAAACAAAUUUUAGUUGAUGAAAAUGAUAUUAAUUCAGAAAAGAUUGUAUCCAAGGAUGUACCACCUGUUACACCUGUUCGUGUAGCAGAUGUUACAAAAAGAUUAGUAUCUUGUACGGAUGGAAGAUCACGCAAAGAUAAAGCAAUGGUAUCAAAUCCGAGAUAUAGACGGUCUCAAAGUGCAGAUAGAUGGAUCGAUCAUAGACCUGGAGCACUUGUUCCUCUUGGAACAGUGCUUCAACCAUUAAUGCGUAGGAGACGAAGUGUUAAUCGACUUACAGAUCCAAAAGAAAUUACAGACGGCGCGUCUAGGUAUUGUCUUGUAGCACAAGAACAUGAUACGGAUGGAGAACUUGAGACAAAACUUUAUAAGGGAGACAUUUUACCAACUUCUGGCGGAGGAGCUCAAGUAGUAUUUAACGACAUGGAAUGUUUAAAACAAUUAUCACCAAAAGCAAGAAAACGUAGUGGACCAGCAGAAAUAGAUGCCCAAACAAGUUUGACGAAUCACAGUUUAGAAACGCAUAAUAAAAGGCCACGGGUAAUAAAUUAAAUAUGAUCUUUGAAAAGAAAAAUAUCUUCUCAAACUUCAUAACAUUUUGAUACAAUUUGCUCUAUAAUAAGAACAUUACUUCAAGAGUUUAUAUUAAAUCUAUGUAAUAUUCAAUUAAACGUUUUUUAUCAUGUCUUUUUUUAAAAUAACAAUACUAGCAGUUCUAUAUUAUAAGGAACUUUUUAAUAUUGUAGAUUCUUAUAGAAACAUCACACUAAUAUUAUAUGAACUUAUUUAUUAUAUUUAAAAAUAAGAACAUUUCAAUUUUUAAUUGAUAU